CGGGAGGGGCGCGUCCCUGCCCACAAGCCCGGGGCCGCGGCGGCAGAGCGGCGCGGCGGCGGGCAGGUGCGGCGGGCUGGGACCGGGGCCGGAGCCGGAGCUGGCGGGGCCGUGCCUCCCCGCGUUGCUCUCCCGCCGCCAGCAUGAAGGUCGAGUUUGCCCCUAUCAACAUCCCCCUAAAGAGAAGGAUCCAGACAGUCGCCGUGCUGCAGUGGAUCUUCUCCUUUCUCCUGCUGGCUGAGUUUUGCUGUGGAUUCUUUGUGAUCCUGAUCCUGGGCAACUUCUGGUUCCUCGCUGUUCUGUACCUGCUGUGGCUCUACUUCGACUGGGAAACGCCAUGCACAGGGGGCAGACGGUCCCAAUGGGUCAGAAGCUGGACUGUUUGGAAAUACUUUAGGGAAUACUUUCCCAUUCAUCUUAUAAAAACUUCAGAUCUGAAUCCAAAUCACAACUACUUACUUGGCUUUCACCCUCAUGGAGUCCUGGUAGCUGGAGCCUUUGGAAACUUUUGCACUGGUCCAAGUUUCAAAAAUUUGUUUCCUGGGCUUACUCCAUAUCUUCAUAUCAUGCCCAUCUGGUUCGGCUGUCCCUUCUUCAGAGAGUACAUAAUGAGUGCUGGAAUGGUUUCUGCAUCCAAGGAGAGCGUCUCAUAUGUGCUGAACAAUGAAGGAGGUGGCCACGCAUCCAUCAUUGUGAUCGGAGGAGCAGAGGAAUCUCUGAAUGCACAUCCUGGAAGUUUAACUUUGAAUAUCCUCAAGAGGAAGGGUUUUAUUAAAAUGGCCUUGAAGCACGGGGCUCAUCUGGUCCCAGUGUUUUCCUUUGGUGAAAAUGAACUAUUCAAGCAAGUUGCAAACCCUAAAGGUUCAUGGCUCAGAAAUGUACAGGAGAAGUUGCAAAAGAUAAUGGGCUUUGCUUUACCACUGUUUCAUGCUAGAGGAGUAUUUCAAUACAGUUUUGGCUUAAUACCUUACAGGCAACCUAUUCAUACUGUUGUGGGAAGCCCCAUCCCCGUAAAAAGGAACUUGAACCCCACAACUGAAGAGAUUGAACAGCUACAUGCAUUGUAUCUCCAGAAACUAAGAAAAUUAUUUGAAGAACACAAAGGAAAUUAUGGGAUCCCUGAGCAUAAAUCUCUCAUUUUCGAGUAGCAAAUUAAAAUUUGUAAUUCCAAAUCUCGUGGAAAAAAAACAGUGUAUGGUGAAAGAUAUCUUUCUUGCAAUCUGUAUUUUGCAAUCUGUAAUUAUCCUUGUGUAAGGAAUAAUUUUAAGAAGGGAUUAUUAGAUGAUUUAUUGAUUUUUAUCUUAUCUGGGGGGAAAAAAAAAUUCCUAGGGUGUGAGCCUCGAAGCCAAUGCUGUUUUGAGUUGUCCUUUUAGGUUCAUCCGUACCAGAACUGCUAGUGAGAAACUCCACACAGAUGUUCUUACCACCAUGGUACCUAACCAUAGCUUGAGAGAGGAAGUUGCCCUAGCAUGAGAUGACAAGAUGGAAGAAUAUAAACCUGAGAAGUCUUUGAUUACAAGUUGAGAGACUUACCAGCAUGUAUCAAACAUGACAUCAGGUUGUUCUCUGAAUAUCAGAAACCCCUGCUGGUCUUCCAUAGAAAUGAUGUAUGUUUUCAGCAGCUGGCUAUUACAAGCCAUUUACAUGUAAAUUCAAGAGUAAAUAGGAGCUUUCUCCCCUGUGUAGGAUAUUGGCAAAAAUUGUUUGUCCAAGUUACGGAGCAGAGCAAACCCUCUGUUUGGAGAAGAGUGUGUUGUUUUCUCUGCAUGUAUAUGCUGGGUGGUGGGAAGCACUGAAUGAUGUGAUUUUUUUUUGGACAAGCUGUGCUUUGGAUCAUCAGUUUGGAAGAUGAAGCAGCUUUGUUUGGUAGUUCUAGCCUCAGAGGAGAUGGCAGGUAGAGGACAGAAGUGUACUGAGGAAGCUAGGGGAGAAAAUCAUGUGACCUUUACAUCUUUUGCAAAUUAAAAAUUAUCAUAUGCCUAGCACUUCCACAGAAGGAAGGGGAGCCCAGUUUGUUCAGCCUAGUUCUGAAAUUUCACCAAGGAAAGUGUACUUGAUCUAUGCCUUUUUCUUUCCCACUGAUAGAUGUGGGGAAGUAUGUGGAAAACUGUGCUGCAGUGUGACACAACUGUAAUUGCCGUGUCAGCAUGAGCACAGCUCUAGGGUGCAGCAGGUUAAGAGGAUGAUUUAUAUACAAACCAGCAGCCUAAACUUGAGAGAGCGUUUAUCCUAAAUGUGGAUAUCCAGUUAAGAAAAUAAAAAAAUCUUAGCCAAACUCUUUCAGUUAAAAUGCCCAGGUCUUGGAGAUUAUGGUAUAUGAAGAGAAUUAUAGUAUAUUACUGAAUUUUUUACGAGGUAUAUACUUGUAUUUGUAAAUGCUUUCUAUCUGCAUGCGGACUUUGGAGAUCUGGUUUUAUUGGAAGUGUUUGGUUUGCUUUAAGCAGUUUUGGUGCCUGAAUAUUACAUCAGUUAGGUGCUCUGA